GCGAGAAUCUGCAAAUGCGGGCGGGCAGGGUAUGGGCCCCGGGGGCUCGCAAGACGGGAAACACUCGGGGUGGCCUCGCAUCGUUAGAGCUGAGGAUUUUAGGGCAGAGCGUGGCCUUUGCUAUCCGAUUACUUUGGUUCGGGGAAGACGAGGUUAGCCUUAGAACGCUCCAGUCAUGUGUUGGGUCAGGGGACGUUAGAUCGCGUCGCGGGGUUACUGUGGAGCGCUCAGAGGUCUCAGCCGAGAAGCAGGCCGCGACUUCUAAGAUGGCGUCUGUCUUCCUUGUUUCAGAUUCUCCACUGCGGCGGCCUCGCAGCCAAGAACCUUUCGCCGGCCCCGCCCGCGGGACUCGUCCCACACUGCGCCCCGCCCGCGCCGCCAAUGGAGAAGCUGCAAAUGGCGCGACCAGCCUGCCGCGGGCGACCGGCGGAAACUCGGUGUGUGCAAGCCCGGGAAGGCUCCGUCAGACCUGGAGGUGGGGACAGCGUGUUGCAGGCCCCGGGGAGAUGGCGCCUACACGCCGUUCGGCCUCCAUCUCUCCCAGGGCUCGCCAAGCCAGGGCGCAGCCAAUUGGCUCGGAGACAUGGCGGGGUGCCUUUUCGCCUUGGCUCUCUGCGGCACUCUGCUGCCGAUAAUGGACGCCUUGGAACUGGAGUU